AUGACCGUAGAGAUCAUGUUCGGAAACGGGUUCCCGGAGAUUCACAAAGACACGUCACCCAUUCAAACCCUCCUCUCCAACCAGCAGGACUGCCAUUGGUACGAGGAAACCAUCGAUGAUGAUCUCAAGUGGUCUUUUGCCCUCAACAGUGUUCUUCAUAAAGGAACUAGUGAAUACCAAGAAAUUGCUCUUUUGGAUACCAAACAUUUCGGCAAGGUGCUUGUGAUCGACGGGAAAAUGCAAAGUGCAGAGAGAGAUGAGUUUAUCUACCAUGAAUGUUUGAUCCACCCAGCCCUCCUUUUCCACCCUAACCCUAAGACAGUGUUUAUAAUGGGGGGAGGUGAAGGCUCUGCUGCAAGAGAAAUACUAAAACACAAGACGAUCGAGAAAGUUGUCAUGUGUGAUAUUGAUCAGGAAGUUGUUGAUUUCUGCAAGAGAUUUCUGACCGUUAAUAGCGAUGCUUUUUGUAACAAAAAACUUGAACUUGUGAUCAAAGAUGCAAAAGCUGAACUGGAGAAAAGGGAAGAGAAGUUUGAUAUCAUAGUGGGAGAUUUAGCAGACCCAGUGGAAGGUGGGCCUUGUUAUCAGCUCUACACCAAAUCUUUCUACCAAAACAUCCUUAAACCCAAGCUUAACCCCAAUGGCAUAUUUGUAACUCAGGCUGGACCAGCAGGAAUAUUCACUCAUAAAGAGGUGUUUACAUCAAUCUACAACACCAUGAAGCAAGUCUUCAAGUACGUGAAGGCUUACACAGCGCAUGUGCCGUCGUUUGCGGACACGUGGGGAUGGGUGAUGGCAUCGGACCAAGAGUUUGAGGUUGAAAUUAAAGAAAUAGAUCAAAGAAUCGAAGAGAGAGUGAAAGGAGAGUUGAUGUACUUAAAUGCUCCUUCUUUCCUCUCUGCUGCUACUCUCAACAAAACCAUCUCUCUCGCGCUGGAGAGGGAGACGGAAGUUUAUAGCGAAGAGAACGCGAGAUUCAUUCAUGGUCAUGGUGUGGCGUACCGGCAUACUUGA